UUGACACAAGAAGAGGCACCACAUGUUCAAUAUAAAAUGAUUCCUUUCUCUUUUUCAUUUUUUGGUUUUUGGCAAUUAUUCACCAACAAUCCUUUAGUUAGACACGGGUUUUCACUUGUCGAGUUCCCUUGUAAUCUUCUUCAAACGAGCAUAGUGUGAAACAUCUUCUCGUGCCUUAUCAGUACGAUCCACAUUUAACGGUCCCUCACACCAAAAUUGAGACCCAAAAGCAAGAAUAGUGCGAGUCUUUACUUUUUAACUUAUUCCUCUUCAAUUCAAUCCCAGUUCUCUCUUUGAUCAUGGCUCAUCAGCCUAUUCCAGCUCCAACUCCAGCUGGUACACAAUUCACUAGCCCUGUUCCGAUCGUCGGCCCUCAGUACUGUGCAUCUUACCCUGUUGAUCUUGCUAUUGUCAAAAAGGUCUUGACCAUUACCGAUGGCAACUUUGUUGUCACAGACAUCAAUGGUAACGUCAUUUUUAAAGUCAAAGGUGCCUUACUAACCCUUCAUGACCGUCGUACUCUUCUUGAUGCUGCUGGAAAUCCCAUUGUCACUCUUCGAGAAAAGAUAAUGAGUGCACAUGAUAGAUGGAAAAUUUUUAGGGGUGAAAGUGUGGAAGCAAAAGACCUAAUUUUUAGCGUUAAGAGAUCUUCAAUGAUCCAAUUUAAGACCAAGUUACAUGUGUUCUUGGCAAAUAACACAAAAGAGGAUGUUUGUGACUAUAGGAUCGAAGGGAGCUGGAGUGAACGAUCUUGCGUCAUUUAUGCCGGAGAAUCUAACACGGUGAUUGCCCAGAUGCAUAAGAAGCAAAACGUACAAAGUGUUUUGCUCGGAAAAGACAACUUCUCGGUAACAGUUUACCCUAACAUCGAUUAUGCCUUCAUUGUUGCGCUUAUUGUGAUUCUUGAUGACAUUAACGAUGAGGCCAAAGUCGACGAUUGAGAUGGUUUGUAACAGCACAAUUAGAAGGAAAUUAAUGUGUGCCACUUUGUUAUUUUCACCACGACUGCACUUUCCUCUAUUUACUUAAAUAAUGGGCUUUGUAGUUUGUAGCUAUAGUUGAACAUGUUAUCCUUGUAUUGCAUUGUAUGAUGGUCUGGGCCACUAGGUCUCUUGUAAAUUGUAAUCUCAUGUUAUCCUUGUAUUGUAUGAUUGAAGGAAAUGAGUUGGGUGUGUUUGCUUA